UUUUUAAACUGUCAAGUCAAAAUGAAAGUGCAACGGACUUCCACAGGAGGGUGUGGUGUUUGAAGACAAAAUGCAAUGUGUCAGAGAAAUUCUGAUCACUUCACUGAGGCACAUCUCAACUGCAGUACCUGCUACUCAUCUGCUGACAAAAGCUUUGCCACGGUCUGAGAUAUGAAUAACUCAACAGAUUACUGGAUUGAGGAUGAGGAGGACGACCUCAACCCUCUUAUAGAUUACAAUACCUAUGAGCUUCUCUGUGAAAAAAGUGAUGUGAGAAAUUUCAGAAAAUUAUUCCUUCCAGUGUUCUAUGCACUGGCUUUCACAGUUGGAGUGGCUGGAAACUCAUUAGUGGUUGCAAUUUAUGCCUACUGCAAGAAACCCAAGACCAAGACAGACGUGUACAUCAUGCACCUCGCCAUCGCUGAUCUGCUCCUGCUCUUCACCCUCCCUUUCUGGGCUGCAAAUGCAGUGCAGGGAUGGGAACUUGGAAACCCCAUGUGCAAGCUCACUUCUUCUCUGUACACCAUGAAUUUCAGCUCCAGCAUGCUGUUCCUGGCCUGUAUCAGUGUAGAUAGAUACAGGGCCACAUCUGAAUCCCAGGGCCAUAGAAGAGUGGGCAAACACUGCAGUGUUACCUGCAUCUGUGUCUGGCUGGCUGCCACUUUCCUCAGUAUCCCAGAGCUGAUAUUUAAUCAAGUCAAGAAACACAACGAGAGGAACGAAUGCCUUCCCAUAUUUCCAAUGAACAUGGAAACAUUCUUAAAAUCAACCAUUCAAAUCCUGGAAAUUAUCCUGGAAUUCCUGCUUCCUUUCCUAGUAAUGCUAAUCUGCUAUUCUGCUACUGCUCGGGCAAUCUUUAGGUCUGCAAAUGUUAAGAAGUCCAGGCCUUUCAAGGUUCUGCUGGCAGUAGUGGCUACUUUCAUUGUCACCCAGCUACCCUACAACAUUGUGAAGCUGUGGCGAGCCAUAGACAUCAUCUACAUGUUGGUUACAGACUGCCAGGCCAGUAAAACCAUGGAUGUGGCACUCCAGGUCACCAAGAGCAUUGCUCUGUUCCACGCCUGCCUCAACCCUCUCCUCUAUGCCUUCCUGGGUGCCUCUUUCAAAAUGCACAUCAUGAAAAUUGCAAAAAAUUACGGGUACUGGAGAAGGCAGCAGCAGAAUGAAGAAAUUUCUAUGAAUUAUGAAGACCCUACUGAAGAAACAAUCAGUUUCACUAUAUAGGCCCUGAAUUGUUUCCAUCAUCUUAUAUAACCAAGGAAAUUGUUUACUAAUUCCAGGGGUAUUGCUUCUACAGGUGUUUCUCUGCAAGUCAGCUUUCAGAUGAAUUUCUGAACCUGCCAA